AAACUACUUAAACCGUUUUGAGCGGGUGGCUCGAAAAGACGACUUCAUACAUCUGAGAGGAAUUGCUAUUGUUUUUGUAGCGCAGUCGGAUUUGAAUGUUUAUGAUAAAAGGAGACACGGCGCCAGAAGAAGACGUCAAGUGAACUGUUAGGCUUAUAAUUAUUUUUUAACAAAAGGGACGCAGCCAUGAGUUCCCUGCCGGAGGCCACGCGCUCCCUCGUGCAGGUGUUCAACGGGAAGCUGCAGGAGUUCACCAGUGAGAUUGAGAACAUUCACAUGGUAUGGCUGGAGGAGAUUCAGCAGGAGGCUAAGCGCAUGUUCUCCAGUGACUUUAGCACAGAGCCAGAGCUUAUGCCAAAGACUCCAUCACAGAAAAAGACAAACCGCAGGAAACGGGUGUCCACAGAGCUCAGUGAAGCUCGUAGCAAAAGACGUUUCUCUAAAGGGAAGCGCAGUAACCUGCGACGUUCCUCAGUCCAGCUCACUCUAAAUUCAAUCUCUGAGUUGGUGACUGCACAUGCCCCCAGUAACAGUACUGACAGUGUGGCUGAGGAGCCUGCUCGCCGCACACGCCGUAAUAAAGCCACCGCAGCUGCAGACAGCGAGCCGGUCAAACGUAGCACGCGCAACAAAGCGGCUGCCAAGGCAAAGGAGCAGUUGGAGGAGGAGCUGGAAGCUGCUCCACAGUCACCUGCGAAUGUUUCCAAGGAAAAGGAGCACAAGGUGGAGGAGUCGAGCAGCUCUUCAUCUCCUGUGCAGACACUGGUGUCUGAGGCCGUGGUGAAAAUCCCCUCGGUUGAGCGUCUUUCUGCUGAAAAGCUGCUCCAGUGCUCUUCCUCUCCAGGCCGCUCUGCACAGAAGAUUACCAUCGCAGCUGCAGGUGGCCAGGCGUCGACGCGGAGCUCGGCCAGACACUCCCUGGUGGUGCGGCGCUCGCUGGCAGGCCUCAGGCACAGCAUGACUCAGGAAGCAGUGCGCCGUGCUUCUCGACGCUCGUUUCUGAAGAAGAAGGCCAGGCUGGGCAACUCGACAUGCAGCAGCACCGUCAGUGGGGAUGUGUCUGUGGAUGUAGAACCAGAGGAAAAUGAGGAAGUGGUGGAGGAAAGGAUGGAGGAGGUGGUUACUGAGGAAGAGCCAGCAGCAGAAUCUAAUGCUGAAACAGAGCCAACCCAGCCUGAGGUGUUUAAUCAGGAGUCUGAGCCCAUGAAGCCAGUAGAGGAAGAUGUUCCCAUACUAGUGGAGGAAGAGAUGAUAGCAUCUCCCAGUGUCCAGGAAAACUCCCGCUUCACACGCUCCAUGGCUCGGCCCUUAGGAUCAGAUGACAGUGGGAAAAACGCUCAGGAUGAAGUUCGUGCCUCUCGCACAGCCUCCAAACGUGCAGCUGCAGAAGCAGCGGCAGAAGCACUCAGCACCCCCAAGAAGAAGCACUCUCCUCCUAAGAAGUGCAUGACAGGCAUCACACCUGGCAUGCGCUCCUUCCUGCACACGGUGCAGAAGAACCAGCUGCUGAUGAUGACUCCAAGCUCUCUUGGUCGUACCUCUGUCAUGAAAUCCUUUAUUAAACAGAGCGGAAAACUUGAAAUCAAGUUGAGCACUGGCUCAGUGGAGCGGGAGCGGCAGAAAUGGGAUGCUCUUAACAAGAAGAUUGAACAAGAAAAUGAAAGAAAGAAAAAAAUGGAGGAGGAGAGAAGGAAGAAACAGGAAGAAAUGAAAAAGAAACGGGACGAGCGUUUGAAACGAGUAGUGGAGGCCCGGGUGAAAGGAGAAAAGGAGAAAGAGCAGGAAAAGAAAAAGAAAAUAGAAGAGAAAAUGGCACAAAUAGAGAAGAAAAAUGACAUGCUGCGUGUGGAGCGGAUUGCUGAGGAGAAAGCUAAGAAAAAAGUGGCAAGUAAGCGUCAAGAGGAAUUGGAACUUCGCAGGAAACAGGAAGAAGCAGCACGGAAGAAAAAGCUUCAGCAAGCUGAGGAGGAGGAGAGGCGACACCAGGAGCUACUGGCCAAACGUAAGGCCGAGGAGGAGCGUGAGAAGGCACGCAAACAAGCCGAGGCUGCUCGUGCUCUGGAGCUCAAGAAGGAGCAAGAGAGGGAGCGUGAACGAGAGCGUGAGAGGCAACGUGAGGAGAGGGAGAGGGAACGACAGGCUGCUGCUGAGAGGGAGCGGUUGGAGCGCGAGAGAGUAGAGCGGGAGAAGGCCUUAGCUCUUCAGAAGGAACUGGAGAGAGCGGCCAAGGAGAAAGAGAGGAGGGAGCUAGAGGAGAAGAGGAGGAAGGAAGAGGAGCAGAAAAGGGCUGAGGAGGAGAGAAUGGCCCAACAGAAACGUGCUGCUGCCGCUGCCGCUGCACCCCCUACAACCACUACUGUUGUAAACCUGCCUGUCAGCAAAGCUCUUAACACCACAAUUACACACAGUCCUGCACUAAACGUUACUGUAGAUAUUGAGCAUUCAGCCAUGAAAACUCCUGUAGGCAAAGGGACAGCUCAUAACAAGACAAUUGAUAAGGGAUCAGGGCUGAAUGUUACUGUAGAUGUAGAGCAGUCUCCUCAGUCCUACCAGAUUACACCUAAAGGCAAGAAGGUUGAGGUUUUGGUCAAUCCAGAGGACUACGGCAUGGACCAGAACAGUGAUGACUCAACAGAUGAUGAGUCAGCACCCAGGAAACCCAUCCCUUCUUGGGCUGAGGGCAUGCAGCUUCAGCAGGCUAUUAUGAAGCAAUAUUAUGACCCACUAGAUCUGCACUCGUACUUUGGGGAAGUUGAGCAGCCCAAACUGGAGAAGAUUUUCCAAAGGAGCAAACCACGCUUCUUCAAGCGCACAAGCUCUGCUGUCUGGCACUCCCCUCCCCGCAUGGGUGCCAUGCCCAACUAGCUGCGAACUGUCUGUCUUGUCUAUUUUUCUGCCUUUUUUUAUAUGUAAGCAUUUUAGAUAUGUGUUUAUAUAAAACAUUUGGAUUUCACUUAAAUAAAGUGCUAUAAAAAUGUAUCAGAAGUAGAGUAAUAAAAGAUCACAAAAGGGUUUUGCAACAAAAUGCUGUGCACACCCCCACCCCUCUUUUUUUUUUCUUCCACUUUUAUUUUAACCUACAGUAUUUCUUAAUACUGUUAGUACUGUUAGUAACGGAGGUCUUCGUACAUUCGUUAUGAAAUGGCAUGGCCACUUUGGGAUACUUAUGGGUUACAGAAAUCACUGUGUAUGUAUGUAAAUUCCUUGGUUAAACCUGCAUAAUCUUAAUGUUUUUUUUUUUUUAUGUUGAGAAAUGAAACAAUUUAAUUGA